AUGCACGGAGAUAUCACCAAGGCGAACAUUCUCUUCUGCAAUGGUGAAGCCAAAAUCUCUGAUUUUGGACUUGCCCGUACAAUUGGGGCAAAGAAUGAUGAGGUUUACAUGAAGGCGUUCCAACCUUAUAGAGCACCUGAGAGGAAGACUGCUGAUGCAGAUGUCAAGGCUGAUAUAUACAGCUUGGGAACCCUUUUAUUCGAGAUGCUACAGCCCUUUACAACAGAUAGCCACAGAGGUGUUGUUCUUACUGCCUUGAGGGAUACGAAAAUCUUUCCGAAAGGCUGGACUGAUAACCCAGUAAGGACAUGGGUGCUGGGAAUGAUAAAUAAUGCCCCAUCAGAAAGACCCUCAGCAUCAGAUCUUCUGCACCACAAAAAUUGUGUUGGCAGGGUGUGAAAUGAUCUGGUUAAAUGCUGCAUCUCCUAUUACCAUCUUAGCAUCAGUGAAUGCAACAAAAUAUGAGGUGCUCAUGCUGCCUUGAUCGUUCACUAUGUUAUGUACAUAAUCCUGUUUCUGUUCCCAAACUGCUAUCGGCGACUACGUGGUUCCCAUAUCUGAGAUUGCAUGGCCUCCUCCUGCCAUUCUCAGCUCAAAACUUUAAGAAAAAAUAACAGACAGAAGAAAGUUAAAUGAUUGCAGAUUACCUUUUUGCAAAGUAGUGAAAAUCUAAGUCUUAGAUCGAACACACCCUAAAAUUUCAGGUCAAUUUUCAGGGAAAAUUCAUUUUUCCAAUCUUUAUGCCAAGAACUAGGGAAAAAUCUUUUGCUGUUUUGACUUCAUAGUUUCUUUAACUUAGAUUGGGGGCAAAAUAAUUGCCUGUUAACUAAUCCUAAAUAUAAUGCCCGAGCAUGCAAUCACUAACAACUGGACAAACAUACAACCAGACUUUUUCAUGAUUAAGUUAUAAGCACUCCUUAAAAUCAUCAUUUACUUAUGCAAUAGAAUUACUUGUGUAUAAAUGAAUGGCAAAGCAGAAAUUUGUAAUCUCCCUCUGAUAACUCAAUCUUUACCUUAUACAGCUACCUAACUCCCUUAUACAACUUAAUCACUUCUGCAAAACCACAAUCAUAAAUAGAUACCAACAUAUAAGAUCCAUUUUUGGUCUAUAAUCUUUAUGCUAUUCCCCCAUUUAAUCAAAUCCAAAAAACAAAGGCAGUGUUGCAGUACCAGGCCACUAGUUAAAGUUGUGCCAACAAUAGGAGUUGACCAGCACUUGGGGGGCUCUUUAGAAAUCGAAGUGCCAGAUGCAAAUUUGCUUUUGUAAAGGGAAAAGAAAAGAAGAAGAAAGAAACUGCUUCAAAUUGGAGAUUUAGUUGAAAAGGGUUCACUAUCCAAUCUUUUGAUGAGCGACUGUAUAAGCACACUUGUAUAUCCAGUGUGACAAUUAGAAACAAAAAAUGUAUAGGAAAACGGCAUUCUAUGUUUUAGUGACUUCCGUGUGCAGUGCAAGUAGAAAACCUAUUUUGAUAAUGUCACUCGUGUCUACAGCAACGUUCAAAAUCUAAACCAAUUAGUUGCAUGUAAAGCCAUGAUGAGAUCCAGCUGCAAGGCAAAUGAAGCUUCACAACAGAAACAUCUGACAUAGACAAGCAGGACCAGUAGAAUACAAUUCAAUUUCUGAACGGGUGAAAUUCUCAAAAACGAUGAAUGUACAUAUCAUAUUAAAUUACAUACAGAAUGUGUGUGUGUGUGUGUGUGUGUAUCAUAUACUGGCAUCAAUAUAAUUAGUUAGCAUACUAUUUGGUUCUCACUUCAUCACCUGGAAAUGCCACAACAAUGGUCCAAUGUUUUAAGCUUAAGCAAUAGAUAAAUACAUAGAAUUAAAAAGGCCCAACUGAAAACUGUAUGUCCAGACUCCCGACAUUGAUUCCCAAGGUUUGGAAAAAAAAAAAAAAAAACAACGACAACAACAAA